CUGGUCGUUGACAACUGAGAAGAGGUUGUGUUGCUGUGCGUUUUUCCGGACAUACGCCCCAGGACCUCUCGCCGGCGUUCACAUGAUGUACACAAUCACCAGAGGUCCCAGCAAACUUGUUACACAACGGAGGACAGGUCCCACGCAACAGAUCGAGAGCAAACUGAGCGACCUGAAGCUCAAGUCGACGUCUUGGCUCACGUCGAGCUCGCCGCCCCCAAAGAUCGUGUUCAACCGCCUCAACGGGAAGCGCUACCACAGUGCGGCCACACAGAAAGCCAGCAGCCCGGCAGAGGGGUUCACUCCUGCACAUGAGGAGAAUGUGCGGUUCGUGUAUGAAGCGUGGCAGGAGGUGGAGCAGAAGCUGGGGGACGGGGACAGCGGGGAGUCGACCGACAGCCAGGGGCCCGUUCAGUACACCGAGAAGACCCCCGGUGCUGCGAUGAAGAACUUUGUGCCCAUAGACCUGGAGGAGUGGUGGGCUCAGCGCUUCCUUGCCAACAUCGCCAACCUGUCAUGACCGGUUGAGGCUGCGAGUCGGGACAGGAAGCAAAGUGUCGAUGCUCCAUCGGUGAAGGCAUCACAGGAGUGACGACGGGAGGAGCAGAGUCCGUCUCCAGGAUCUGCGGUGCGAAGGGGCAGUGGAAUCUGAUCUGACGCCCUGUAGAGAGAACUGGGUGCACAACACAAUACCGCCACCAAUGCAACACCACUGGCCUGACUGUGAACACAGCGCUGACCUGAUGUUGUGCUUCUGCGAAGGCCCCGCCUCUCUCUACUUGAAUGUAUGGGAUUGAAGUUGUGAGAUUUUUUUCUUGUAAAAGAACCCCCUCCUCCUUUAUCAAGUGUGCCCUGCUGUAUGUAUUUCUUUGCUGAUCUUUGGAUAUAAAUCUACUGAAGAACAAAAAAAAGUAAAAUGGCUUUCAAAAAAAGAA